AUGCUGCAGUUUCUCGUACAGAAGCUGAAAGAUCACGAGCCAUAUGCCAUUUAUCCUUCUGGCAAUGAAUUGUGGCUAGAAGGGGAGAAAGCCAGAGUUACACCGCACUCGUACCAGAGCAUGAGGGAUAAAAUGCGUAGGCAUUUGUUGCCGAGAUUAUGUUCGCAGCCGAUAUCUGACAGUGAGAAGCGCUACCUACACAGUUCGCUAAACAUUGCUUGCAAUGGGAAUUGCUUUCGGGAGCUGGCACCGGCCACUGUUUCGGGAUCGCUACCGAGCACUGAUUCUGACAGCGACGGUGUUGACAGCUUUCUUCUUGGGACGGCUAAGGAAAUUCGCUGUGAUUCGAAGAGAAAACAAGGUCUGCGGAAAUUGCCGAACGCUGAUCGACCACCACGUCGCUUAUACAGACGCUCCGAUGAUCAUGACGUGGAAUUUAACGUGUCUUGUAGUCCAGAUCAACAUUCGGACGGGAAUGUGGUAAUUGCCGAUACGACAGUCGAAGCCGCCAGCUUAAGGCCUAGUUCAGAUCAUUCAACGGUCACUUUACCUGAACAUCAACAAACUGAUGCAACCGAGUCUUCUAUCGUCGAUGAUGUAGACGGUCAUAAAACUGUUAGUCAGUCUAUUCAGUGCGGCCUUUGUGAAGAUGAUGGUAUUCAACAGCAGCAGUGUGUUGUGAGCUGUUCAGCAGAAACUCUCCCUCCCGAAGUAGUCGAUACUCGCCGUCAUGUUAGGCCAAUUGCGCAGGAUGCGAAUACUGGUUUGUCACAGAUUCUUUCUGAUAUUGGAGAAGACGAAUUUACGAAUGAAUAUCGCCCCAGGAUACCUGGUUUCAAUGCAUCCACUCUUGAACCACUGCGUUUAGAAUUCACCGAACAGACAGAUCUACAGGACUUUCUGAUGAAGUUCGAUAUUUGCGCAAAACUUGCUCUGGAAUAUCACGCCUCCUUUGAGACCGUGCUAAAAGUGACUAAUCUCAUGCGGCGUACAGACUUAAUUGUCACGUGUCUGGAUGACUUAAAAAAGUUAUUUUCCGUUUCAAAGUAA